GAGUGAAGCCCUUCAAGUGUUCCCUGUGUGACUACGCCAGCCGCAGUAAGAGCAACCUGAAGGCCCACAUGAGCAGACACACCACGGAGAAGAAGCACCUGUGUGACAUGUGUGGCAAGAAGUUCAAGUCCAAGGUCACUCUGAAGAGCCACAAGCUGAUGCACACAGAGGACGGCAAGCAGUUCCAGUGUACAGAGUGUGAUUACAGCGCUGCACAGAAACCUCUACUGGUACGACACAUGGAGCAGCACGCCUCUUUCAAGCCCUACCGCUGCGGCCACUGUCACUACUCCUGUAACAUAGCAGGACCCCUGAAGAGACAUUACAGCAAGAAGCACCCCAACCAGGAGUACUGUAACGCAGGGCCUGGGCCAGCCACCUCUGAGGCUGUGGAACAGCAAGGUGAGUCGCUCAGCAGAGACACACUGAUCUCUGUGUCUCAUACUGUACCAACCAGGAGUACUGUAACGCAGGGCCUGGGCCAGCCACCUCUGAGGCUGUGGAACAGCAAGGUGAGUCGCUCAGCAGAGACACACUGAUCUCUGUGUCUCAUA